GAGAAAAAACACAGAAUACAAAACAGCUGAACCAGCUCGGUCCUCAGACACGUCUUUAUCAAAACAAGAUGAAGAAGUUCCUGUUGUUGCUUCUCUUCUGUCACGUCUCAUCUCCAGUGAAACACUCACUCAAGUUUUUCUACACUGUAUCUUCUGGAGUCCCAAACUUGUCAGAGUUUGUGGGUUCUGCAAUGAUUGAUGAAGUUCUGGUUGGUUACUGCGACAGCAACAAAAAGAUAGCAGAACCGAGACAGGACUGGGUAAAAACAUUUUUAGAAAACAACCCUAAGUAUUGGGAAAUGUACACUAAAGAGUGUCUUGAGAGUCUGCCUAUCUUCAAAGCCUGGAUGAAUGACAUGAAGCAGAGCUUCAACCAAACUGGAGGUGUCCACAUUCUCCAGAGGAUGGUUGGCUGUGAGUGGGACGAUGAGACUGGAGAGGUCAAUGGUUUUAAUCAGUUUGGUUAUGAUGGAGAAGACAUCCUAUCAUUCGACCUGAAGACAUUGACAUGGAUCACUCCGAAACCACAGGCUGUCAUCAUCAAACAAAGAUGGGAUGCUGAGAUAUCUAGAAUAAAACGCAAUAAGAUUUACCUCACUAAGAUUUGUCCUGAAUGGCUGAAGAUGUAUGUGGACUACGCCAAGAGCUCUCUGCUGAGAAAAGAUCUUCCCUCAGUGUCUCUCCUCCAGAAGUCUCCCUCCUCUCCAGUCAGCUGCCACGCUACAGGUUUCUACCCUGACAGAGCCAUGAUGUUCUGGAGGAAAGAUGGAGAGGAGCUUCAUGAGGACGUGGACCUCGGAGAGAUCCUCCCCAACCACGAUGGAUCCUUCCAGAUGAGUGUUGACCUGGACCUUUCAUCAGUCCCAGCUGAAGACUGGAGGAGAUACGACUGUGUGUUUCAUCUCUCUGGUGUGGAGGACGACAUCGUCACCAAACUGGACAAAGCAGAGAUCAGGACCAACAGAAAGGAGCCCAGUAACAUGACCAUCCCGAUUACUUCUGCACUGGUUGUUGUUGUGGUUGCUGCUGUUUUCAUUGCUGCUAUUGGAUUUGCCGUUUCCAAAAGGAAGAAAGCCAAUCGCCCUGCACCUCCUCCUGUCAACAGCAUUGAGCUCUCGGAGAAACUGAAUCCAGUAACAUGAUUGGCUAAAACCACCUGCACUGUGACGUCUUGAGGGACAACACAACAGUAGAUACUGUGAUGUGAAGUAUUAACACCUUUAGAUAAACAAGGUGUCUUAACCCUUAUAUUGUGUUAGGGUCAAAUGUGAACCGUUUUAAAGUUUAGAUGUGUAAAAAAUACCAUUCACUUGUUAUUAUUGGAACAAGGCUUCAUGAUAUCCUUAGACAUGGCAAUUCUAAAACAACCAAAGUUGUGAGAAUUUUGGUAAAUUGUAAAUGUCAAUAAAAACAAAAGAGUAGCAUAGGCCUAUGUGGUGUUACGGGUCAAAUAUGACCCAGCAUAGCUUAUUCAGUUUGUGAAAUGGUCACGUAAUUUAAUCUAUUGAUUUGUGUACACAGACAUGUUAAUCUCGUUUUUUCCGUGAUGGUCAGCACGUUUUUUUAAACUAAUGUAUUUCAAUGGGGUGUUGAGUAAAGUCAGACGCUUUCUUAACCACAGAUCUAUGAACUCUCUCUAUAACACGCUGAUUCUACCUCAUUUAACGUACUGUGUUGAGAUUUGGAGUUAAUGCCUUCAAAACCACUCUACAGACCGUGUGCACAGUUCAGAAAAGAGCAAUACCCAUUGUGAAUAAUGUUGGCUUCAAUGAUCAUACUAAUUCAUUAUUUCUUAAGUAAAAAACACUGAAAUUCAUGGACCUGGUGAACCAGAAAACUGCGUUAGUUCUGUAUAAAGCUCGAAAUAAUCUUCUUCCUCCCAACAUACAAACCAUGUUUAGAGGAAGAGAAGGGGUUAUGCCCUCAGAGGCAAACUGAAUUGGAAACAACCUACCUGUAACACAGUGAUGAAAUGCAUAGAUGCAUAUCUGUCUGUGGCGUGAAGUUAUGGAACACAUUACCAGAGGAAUUAAAACAUAUUAGGAAUGUGUUCAAAUUU